AGCCCUCCCCUUUACUUUCCCCCCGUCUGUUCCACAGUUAGAAGAAACAAACUCUAGCCUAUUCGCCAUCUUCAAAUGUAAGCUAUAACUCAUUUGUUUGUAUCGCAAAUUACUCUUUGCCACUAAUUAGACACCACUCACCGCCGACCGAGACACUGAGAUUGUUAUAACUGUCGCCAGCGAAAGAGGCGUGACCAAGUUGCUCAAUGAGGACAGAUAAACGAGGUAUUAACGCAAUAUCGCGGAUAGCCGCCGACAAAAGCCCACGAACUGUCGAAUGAGGCGGGUUUACCAAGACGGACUGGACGCACAGCUACCUCACAACCGGACUGAGUGAGUGUGAGACAGGACUCCAAAAGUGGACAUGGCAACCAUCGCCAUGGAGAGGAUUGGAAGGCUGUUCAUCAACCUGCAGCAGCUUCGGCAGGUGCCCCAGAUGCUGACCGAAGCUGCCCCUUCUAUGCCAGGCACGGUGAGAGACACAGAGGUGCCCCGCUUCUUCCGCGAGCGCCAUAUCCAGGCUGGCUACCGCCCCCUCCACCAGGGCUGGCGCUACUACUUCCUGUCUUUGUUCCAACGCCACAACGAGACCAUCAACGUGUGGACGCAUCUGCUUGGGGCCCUGCUGGUGCUGGUGAAGGUGGCUCAGCUCUCGGAGACAGUGGACUUUUUAGGGGACAGUCACUCCUGGCCCCUUCUUAUCCUGCUGACAUCAUCUUUAUCCUACAUGCUCUGUAGCACUACUGCCCACCUUCUGGCUGGCAAGUCCGAGCUGUGCCACUUCUCCUUCUUCUUCCUGGACUAUGUCGGCGUCGCCCAGUACCAGUAUGGCAGCGCGGUGGUGCACUUCUACUACGGGGUGGAGGAGGACUGGCAUGGGUGUGUGCGUGGCAUCUUCAUGCCCACUGCGUUUCUGCUCUGCUGCCUCUCUUGCCUCGGCUGCUGCUACGGAAAGUACCAGAACCACAGCCUGCCUCCCUGGGUGCGCAAGGUUGGUCAGGUGGUCCCCUCUGCGAUUGCCUACAGUUGGGACACAAGUCCGGUGUUCCAGCGGAUGUUCUGCUGGCUGUUUACUCACAGAGACGCAAACGUGGGUGAUGACCUUGCGCUGACCUAUCACUGUGGCCAAGUGGCCUUUUUCAUCUUGAGUGCCUACUUCUUCACACACCCAUUGCCUGAGCGACUGUUUCCGGGACGCUGUGACUUCCUGUUACAGGGCCACCAGAUUUUCCACAUUUUCCUAGUCCUCUGCACCCUGAGUCAGAUCCAGGCUUCUCACCUUGACUACCUGGGCCGCCGGAACCUCUACACCCGUCUCCACGGAGAAAACGAAGCAGCGUUUUUCGUUGGGCUCUACGUGGUGACCCUGGGAGCAUGUGCUUGGAUAGCCGUCUUCAUGAUUGGGAAAGUGAGACGACUACUCAUCAGCAGGGAAAAGUCUGCAUAACAGAUAAAACUACUGUACUGUAGAGUACUGUAGUGCCUGGAACGGUAUGACCUUUUUCUAUAGUUAAUAACUAACCAUUCUGGAAACCAGCCUGUUAUCUGGACUAGUUUGAUUGUCAGUACAUUGUAUCUUCUUAUCAACCCACUGACCUGCUGAUCUUGUGGGUAGCACUAUGAUACAUAAUUGCCUUUCAGAGCUGUACGGUACUGGUACUGAGAAAGUUAGACACUUUACUACAACUACACAUAUUAAUCAUCUAAAUCCAUAAAUGUUGACUUAAUAGUUUUUUAUUGGGCAAUCUAUUUUUUUAUAAAGAUUGUUGCUAUGCCCUGAUCAUUUUGGAGUCACUGAUGCAUACGAUUCAGAUAAUUCAUUAAGAUUCAUUAAGAAAAUUGUAUUAUUGAGGGAAGUUGACUGAAUGUUUUUUUUUAUAAUCAAAAACAUUAUUUUUAUAGACUUCUAUGCCUUUUAUGCGUUUACUACAGACCCUAUCAAAUAGAGCCUAUAGUCCAACACAGAACAAAUCCUGAGUAAAUAUCGCUAUCACUGUUCAGUGUUACUGAAUGUUGUUGUUUUCAUUGUUUGGGAUGUGUUGUUUAUGUAACAUCUUGCAGUGUGUGUGUGUAUUAAUGCACUUUAUAAUACUUUUAGUACAUUAUUAUCAUUUAUUAUUUGAAGGUCUAACCUUCCGUCUGAGACUGCCUGUAUGCGUGUAAUUGUUGUCUAUAGGAAGUGCCUUGGAGAGAUAUAAUGUUAUUUUAAUUUACAAUUGUCUACUGCUAUGAUUCAGCAUUAAUUGUAUUUUGUUAUGUGCCCACAUACCAGUGUUUAUGCGCAGUAUUAUUGCCAGGUCUUAUUGUGGGUGUUUAAUGUGGGCUUGUCAUUGCUUGGACAGUGUUGAUGUUUCUGUAUGUUUACAGUUUCAGCCUUUAACAUUCUGAAUGGUUCCAUUUGGACAGGCUUAAAGGGAAGAUACCAGUAUUAAAUCAGGGCAGCAUAACUCCCUUGGUUUCCUUGCAUGGGUUCUGCCAUUUUUCAUCCCCCUCCUUCAAUUUCUCCUCCUUGCGUUGCGUUGUUUUCCUCAGCUCUGUGACGCAAGCUUGGAUAGGCAUGUGCUCUCAUUGGCUGUUGAGUAAUGAUCACCAUGGUGAUACCAAAUUAAACACGAGUUUUCCCAUUCAGAUUGUGUAAAAGUGUGUGGAAAUGGAUGACCAGUCCUUUCCAUAUGGCAAAGAGCUUUCUCUCUCUCUCUCUCUCUCAUUGAAUGCAAAAUGUUACAUCAGUCUAUUCAAUUCACAAUUUAAAUGUUAAACCAGUCUCUGUUUGUCACAAUGCAAUGGUUCAGCUCAUUCAAAAUCAGAUAAUUGCCUCAGCAUUUGGUACUGCUGUGUGAAACUCUACCACAGCAACUUCCUUAAAUCAAACAGAAGGCUGCUAAAAUAACCCUGUGGAAAGAAUUAAAGUGCCCCCAUGUGGAGAUCAUUGAAAAUACAUUGAAUAAAUAUUUGUUUAAGAUUUUCUAA